GCUACCUCUUGCCCCACCAUCGUAUCGCAACUUGGGUGCUCAAGCUCCAGAAGCUCCAAACGUCAACCCCUCCUCCCAAACCUUCUAUCAAACCGUCUGAAAUAUCCUUUCCCUCUUCCAUUUGAGUCGUGAAGUAUCAGUCUAGCAUUACCGCCCAUCUUGGACCUCAUCAGGGCCGUUUCAAACAGAUAGAUGCCAUGUCUGAUCCACCUUCCUCCAGCUGCCACUCCGCGUCAUGAUGGAAGUGCCACGCUCCGGUGCCAUCUAUGUUGGACCCACAUGCCAUGUCCAAACCGCCGAUAAACGGUUUGGCUCCCACGUCUUGGACGAUAUUAAGACCUUCGUCAACGAAGGCCAUGGCGUUACUAAUGAGGUGGAUCUCGACGACGACGACGACGAUGACGACGACGACCUCGAAGACGAUGAUAUGGACGACGGGCUCGAGCCGGACGGUAUCUUCGAUGGUUGGCAGCAUUUUACAGACGAAACCGCGGCGAGCCACCCAGACGAGGACGAUGAACACCACGGCUUUCCCAGGCUUGCUCGCUGCAGGGCGAACUUGACGGCGCUCUCCCAACAGUACAACCUCUACUUCGCGGCAUACCAAGGCCAGAUACAUGUCUUCCAGCCCCAGAAGGCGCCCCAGAUUCUCCCGCCGCCGUCGCUCAUCUUGCGCCCUCCACGUAGCCGGGCAGGAAAGCUUAUCGGGGGUUACAUAGACAGGAACUUUGGCCACCAGGUUAAUUACAUCGUCACCGGGGAGCUGGGAAACCUCGAGGUUCUCCUGAUGUGCUACGACGACGGCGACGUCAUUGCGUACUAUACGCACCUGAUCGCCCAUGCCGUCGAGCAUGGCGGCGCAUCCCAGGGCGCGUGUCACGUUGCGCCCGCCUGCCGCAUAGUAACGCCAAAGCCAUUUUUCCACGAGAAUGUUGGGCUCUCGGCUUGGGGGCUGGCAAUCCAUAGGAGAUCUCGGCUGCUGGCCGUCAGCUGUAACAAGCAUGACGUUACUGUCUUUGCGUUUGCAACGAAGUCGGGGGAUGCGGGGCAGCUAGAUUCGGAGCCCGAAGCAUCGUCGAGCAGCCAGGACUCUCCGAAACUCUGGUCGGGUCAGACUGCCUUGGAGCUCGAGAGGCAUUUCCGGUCUCGAACGAGGACAUGGAGGAUCGUGCUCCCACUCGGGCCGGCGGGCAGUAAUAUCCCGAGCAUCGCGUUCGUCGACGACGAGGACGGAAACGCCGAAAGGGUCGUUGCUGUUGAUAUCGCAGGCAACACCUGGAUGCUCAACAUCUGGCAGAUUGGCGGCUUUCCCGCUGUUUACCUUCCUAAUACGAAUAGGGGCGCAGAUCACCAACGGUACACCGGUUGGGGAAUCAUGGUAUUACCGGACAGCAGCUUCAAAUUGACAUCAAGUAACCGCGCGGCGAUGGGUCUGCCGCCGAAGGAUAUCCUAGGACCUAACCGGUCUCCCGGAGACAGGGACAAGACAGAGUUGUGGCUGGAUAUAACCUGUAGCCUCCAUUACAUCAAGGACAAUGCCGUCGACUCCAGAGUGUUCCUCAGGCAACGAUACGGUCCUAGGUACUUUCUCCCUCAGCUUCGGAGUCAGGCGACAAAUGUGCAUCAGCAGCCAUUGCCCACCGAAGGAGAGCAAGAUCAUUCUGAAGAGUCUGAUUUCCUCGACGAGAGCGAUGACAGCGACGCUCCAGAGCCAUACGACGCUUACCAGCAGAUCUCCGACCUGGAUGCCGAGAGCCGCUGGCUGGCGCUCAGCAAAGCCCCGGGGCCGAAAGGAUCGGGCAUCGACCUAUCCGAGGAGGAGCUGCGGGGCUUCCGCCUCGCCCGGACGAUCGUCCCGACCCUUGGGCAGACCCCACCACUGUUCGGCUUCAGCGAGUUCCUUGACUUCAUGGGCAACAACCUGAUGCGCAAGGGCCUGACCCACACGGUCGACUGGUUCAAGACCCGCCUGCCUUCGCACCUGUCGCGGAACUUCUCCCUCCUCCGGACCACCGACUCGGACGUGGAGCUGCAGUCGCUCGACCCGCGCUCGGCCGGCGUCUUCUGCAAGGACGUCAUCGUGCCGCACAACCGCCGCCCCAACAACGUCCUGCCGUGGGACCUGACGCAGCGCAUGUCGGAGCGCAUCAGCAUGCACCAGCACGUCCCCGCACUGAACCUCGUCGUCCUCGGCUCCCUCUGCGGCCGCGUCGCCCUCCUCUCCCUGACGAAGCCGCCCUCGCGCCACCACCACGCGGCGGCGGGGGGCCCGUGAGGUACAGGCUUGUCCUCCACUACAUAGACCACACCAUCCUCAUGUACGACCUCGCGCGGAGCUCGCCCGAGGAGGACCUUAUGAUCUUCUAGGCUGCGAAGCUAGCCGUCGUUCGGCGGGGGGGACGUCCCAACGCAGAGGCGGGCUUCCCCAAGCGUUCCUUCGUGAUGGUUGCUGUUUUGGACGCGGAGGGGAUAUGCAGCGGGAGACUUGGGGCCAGGAAUGGUGGUGAGGUAGGAUGAUAGCAUUCGUUGCGUUCGUUGCAUUACGUUGCAUUGCGCUGCAUUUUACUGUCUCCAGGCGGGCAGAUAACUAACCAUACACGGAAAUUGCAAUCAAGGGCGCUGGGCUGGGAUGGGUUCGGUACGGUGGAGUUUUCAUACCAGAUCAUUGCCAUUUUGCUUCGGACUAGGUGAAAGAGAAGGGAGUGGUCAUUUCAUUUCCUAACGGU